GUCACGUGACCAAGUGGUCGCGUCGUCAACAUGGCGUUUCCCGGAAGUCGGCUGUUCUCUUUACGGACCAUGUCGUUGGGCAUUUUGUUUUAUUGUAUGUAUUGCCAUUUCCAAUUUGUUCUCGCAAAUGAUGUCGAUAGUUGUGAAAGUCUACGCCUGGGACAGUAUAUUUGUAAAGCACCAAGGAUAGACGAUGCCACUCAAGAACCUGAGAAUUGCAAGGACAUGAUUGCUUGGGUGGAAUGCCUACCUUCUCCAAACGUCAGCUGCCGCUUGUCCAAUGGGACGGAGUUUCGAUUCAGUGGAGAGGAAGUGGGCUUUAACAAAAGCCUCCCUUGCAGGAAUGUGAGCGGUUACUCCUACAAAGUAGCGGUGGCCCUGUCGCUCUUCCUGGGAUGGUUAGGAGCGGAUCGCUUCUACUUGGGAUACCCAGCUUUAGGGCUGCUCAAAUUCUGCACAGUUGGCUUCUGUGGGAUUGGGAGCUUGGUGGAUUUCAUGUUGAUCUCAAUGCAGGUUGUGGGUCCGUCAGAUAAGUCUGACUACAUAGUGGACUACUACGGUGCCAGACUCACACGCCUCUCCAUCACCAAUGAGACUUACAGAAGAACCCAGAUGUCUCCCUGAAGGACCAAAGUGAAAAACAACUAUCAUUACCCUCAACCCUGUCAUGACGAUUAUGCCGCUCUUUUUGGGAUCUUUUUCACUUGAUCAUUCCGAUACACGGACACUAAGACCAUCCCAGUCAACACAUUGAUCAUGAUCCUGUCUGCAUGUACCCCAAUGUGGUGAAGCUCAGCUUUUUAAAAUGGAUACUCUUAAGAGUGAAGGCUUCAUUUUGGUUUAGACUUUACCCAGCAUCUCCUUAGUCUUUCCUUCAUUCUUUGUGACCUUCAUUCCUUGCCACCUCCUCAAAACACAUUUUAAAAGGAGGAGAUGAGGAUAGAGAUUGCAAAUGAAUCAAACAAAAACAUAUAUUUACCCACGGUCACCAGCUCAGGUCCUGGAACGUUAGAGGAGUACAGACCUUUGUUCCAACCUAGCAUUAUCACACCCUGUAGCUCUCCAGGACCAAGGACUUGAUGACCACUGCCAUAGAGCUUCAAAUCAUCGUUAUACUCCUAUAAGAAUCUAGAAUCUGCACCGAGAACAGUUCUGUAAAUAUGUCAUCUAUUGUGUUAUUUGAGUAUGUCUGGCAGCAAGGGAACUAUUUAUGUUCUGUAUGACUGUUUUGUUGAUUUGUCAUUAGCGAUUUAUUUUUAUUAUUUUUUUGUAAUAAAAUUGUAAUUUUAUGAAAAUGGA